AUGCCUGAGGAAUACCGCCACCAAGCGCCUCCUACGAAACAUCCUAAUGUUGUAGAAAAGGCCGUCGCUCGGGAAUCUUGGAUAGUCGUCAGUCCUGGAGCUAUGUCCCCAGAUCCAAUUCACCGUCCAUCUCUGGAGAAUGGAUCGAUUCGCCUAAUAAGUCCUCAACCACGCGUGGUUCAAGCUGCACCCGACGAUUAUCGACCUCCACCGCCACUUAUUGACCCUACAUCCCGUACCUCCAGUACUGGCAGUAUUCCUCACGGAGCCGGUCCACCAGUCGCGGUUACCGCAGCCAAUCCCAAUUAUAAGAUUGGACUUGAUCUAACACAGAACGCUGUACAAGUAACUAGGGACCGGCCUCACGACGCUGCGAGUAUCCAUGUUCCCCAAACCCCUCGUGAGGCGAUAGGCCAUCUUGAUGCAGCUCAGUUACAUGCCAAAGAGGACCGAGAGAACACCGUGCUGCGCAAGCGUAAUCGUGGGAGCGGAAUGUUGGGGAGUAUGUUUGGAACCCAUGAACCUCGAGCAUCUACGGAGGAGAUAGAGUCGAUACAUUCAACUCAUGCUCCGGAGAAGGAGCAGCGACAUGGGUUCAGAAGCCUUUUUGGUAUCUCGCGCGAGAGAGAAAACGAAAAGGAGAGAGAGCGAGAAAGAGAGCAUGCUCGCCAUCGUGGCAUUGAUAACCCAAAUGAUCGAACCCAAUGGGAGAUGUCUCGUUUAAUCGGCUAUACUACUAGCACCAGUGUAGAAGAUUGGUCUGUUGUAAUGGAGAUAUGCGAUAGGGUCAAUCUAAACGAUUCAGAGGCCAAAGAGGCGUCUAAAGCGCUGCGAAAGGAUAUUCAAUUCGGACGUCCCGCCGUACAACUGUCAGCCGCCAGACUAUGGGCUAUCUUGAUGCGAAACUGCGGCCAAUACUUUGUUGGGCAUACGACGAGCCGCAAGUUCCUGGGGAAGAUCGAGGAGAUUGCCCUCAGCCCGGCAACAUCGCCAGUAGUUCGAGAUCGACUGGUUGAGGUGAUUGGGACCUCGGUUUAUUUGCUGAGGGAAUCCAAAAACCUCAAGCCCUACCAGGCGACAUGGAAGAAACUCCGGCUCCAACUGAAGCUGACCCACCCAGUUGAAGGGCUCGAGAUUCCCGCGGAUGACCCUAUUUUGAACCCCACUCCACAUCGACCUCCAUCAUCAUUACGGCAGCUUGCGCCGAAUGAACUCGUUCAGCCCGACAUCCAAGCGAAUAUAGCUGGUGUUACAGAGGGAUUAGCCAAGGUAGAGCUGGAACCCGCGCAUCCUGCUGAAAGAAGAAGUGCGCACGACGGGGAGAGAGACCAAAGGCGAGACAGGAACCGUAACACGCAAUCGACCUAUGGUGUGAUUAGCCCUGAGGAGGAUAUGCGACGUCUGUUUGAGGAAUGCGAGAUUGCUCGAGACAACUGUCGAAUACUGGCCGACUCACUUGUAUACGCGACUCCUGAUAGCAUCGCGACAAACACAGUAAUAAAGGAGUUCCGAGAGAAGUGCAUGAAAUCACAAGAGAUCAUUGGUGCACAAAUUGACUGGGCGACAGCGAUUGCUGAUCGCGCACGGGCAGAGCAGACUUCUGUGAAUGGGUCAGGGGAGAUCGAUCCUACAGCAGAGGAGCAGCUAUUACAGGCUCUUGUUAUGGCCCAUGGGGAGCUAAACGACGUUUUCAAGACAUAUGACGACCUCGAACGAAUAGCCAUCAGCGAGCGUGAAGAGGCCGAGGUACGAGCACGGAGCAAAGUUGAGCUUCGACUGGACCGAAGUAAAUACCAGCAACUAGACGGGGGUGAAGUCUACAUGAUUCCAUCAGACAACCACGGGGCAUCUCGAUCACAAACACACACACCUGCACCUGCACCUGCUCAAGUUCUGCCUCCGAGCCACGCACGACGUCCACUCCCUCAGCCUACUCCGUCAUCACCGCAUGUUAACUCUCUAGCCCCGCCGCCUCCUGCGCCCCACGGUCCACGACCUUUAUCCCGAAACCGAACACCGUCACCCAACUUGGGAUCAGACUUUCGUGACCACAGCACCGAUGAAUCUUCACAGGAAAGCGAGAUCCCACCGACACUUCCUAGUGAAAAGGCCAUGGGAAAACGUAGAGCCGAGCCGGGGCCAGAGGAGGAAGACGAAUGGCCGGAACACGGAAGCCUACUUAAUCUGGAUAAUGGAAAUGAUGGCGAUGACGACGAUCGAAACUCAAAGCCACAAGAGGUCUUCUUAUACGACGCCGCGGAGGAGAGGAAGAAGCAGAGAGCUGCUUCAGAGGCCAAGCGAUCAUGA